CACAGCAGGUGAGACUCUCCGGCCCCAUCUCCUUGGGCUGCCCGUGUUCGUGCUUCGGACUGCCACCCCGCAGUGUCCUGCCCUCUGCCUGGGCCUCGGUCCCUCCUGCACCUGCUGCCUGGAUCCCCGGCCUGCCUGGGCCUGGGCCUUGGUUCUCCCCCAUGACACCACCUGAACGUCUCUUCCUCUCAAGGGUGCAGGGCACCCCCCUACACCUCCUCCUUCUGGGGCUGCUGCUGGCCCUGCUUCCUGGGGCCCAGGGGCUCCCUGGUGUUGGCCUCACACCUUCAGCUGCCCAGAUUGCCCGUCAGCACCCCAAGAUGCAUCUUGCCCGCAGCACCCUCAAACCUGCUGCUCACCUCGUUGGAGACCCCAGCAACCAGAAAUCACUGCGCUGGAGAGCGAACACGGACCGUGCCUUCCUCCAGGAUGGUUUCUCCUUGAGCAACAAUUCUCUCCUGGUCCCCACCAGUGGCAUCUACUUUGUCUACUCCCAGGUGGUCUUCUCUGGGAAAGCCUACUCUCCCAAGGCCACGCCCACCCCGCUCUACCUGGCCCAUGAGGUCCAGCUCUUCUCCUCCCAGUACCCCUUCCACGUGUCUCUCCUCAGCUCCCAGAAGAUGGUAUAUCCAGGGCUGCAGGAACCCUGGCUGCACUCGAUGUACCAUGGGGCUGCGUUCCAGCUCACCCAGGGAGACCAGCUCUCCACCCACACAGAUGGCAUCCACCACCUGGUCCUGAGCCCUAGUACUGUCUUCUUUGGAGCCUUUGCUCUGUAGAACUUGGGAAAAUUCGGAAAGAAAAAAGAAUUGAUUUCAAGACCUUCUCCCCAUUCUGCCUCCAUUCUGACGAUUUCAGGGGUCACCACCACCUCUCCUUUGACCAUUCCAACAGCUCAAGUCUUCCCCAGUCAAGUCAGCUGGAGCUUUCAAAGAAGGAAUUCUAGGCAUCCCGGGGGACCACACCCGCCUGAACCAUCCCGGAUGUCUGUCUGGCAGAGGAGUUCAAGCCUGUCUAGGAAUUCCCAGCCCAAAGCUGUUGGUCUGUCCCACCAGCUAGGUGGGGCCCAGAUCCACACACGGAGGAAGAGCAGACACGUGGGGGAGCAGGGGGCAGGGAGGGGACUAUUUAUGAAGGCAAAAAACUAAAUUAUUUAUUUAUGGAGGAUGGACAGAAGGGAAUAAUAGAAGAACAUCCAAGGAGAGAGAGAGAGAGAGAGGCCCAAAAGAUGAAGAGUGAGAGGGCAUGGGCACAAGAAAGAAAGAAAUCGGCGUCACGGGGGGUCAUGGGGCCUCAGAAGGCAGCGAAAGGCCCUGAAAGCCAGCUGCCCACCAGAGCCCCACACGGAGGCAUCUGCAUGCUUGAUGAAGCCCAAUAAAUCUCUUUUCUCUGAAA